AUGUCUCUCAAAGAGAAAUCUUCAGAUCCCACAAACAGGACCCAGUAUGGGACACCGUCUCUGUGUGAGCUGAGACGUCUACUGUGGGCUGACAGACGGCCUGCGGGACCCGUCAGUCAGGUCUGGCCCGGUCUGUAUGUAGGAGAUGAGUCCACGGCUCGUGAUAAAGGUCUUCUCUCCUCUCUGAAAAUCACACAUCUUGUUAACUCGGCUCAUGGGCCAAACCGUAUCAACACUGGAGCCCAGUUCUACUCAGACAUGAAAUUGGAUUAUUAUGGAGUGGAGGCCGCGGAUCACCCCGAGUUUGACUUGAGCCAAUAUUUUAGCUCCACUGCUUCCUUCAUUAAAGCAGCACUCUCACAAGAUGGUAAAGUGUUAGUGCACUGCGCGAUGGGUGUGAGUCGUUCAGGAGCCCUGGUCUUGGCAUAUCUCAUGAUCUGCGAGGUUCUGACCCUGAGUGAGGCUGUCAUUGCUGUGCGGCUGAACAGGGACAUCUGUCCAAACUCAGGCUUUCUGGAGCAGCUCAGACAACUGGACCUGAGUUUAUGUGAGCAGAGAAGAGUCAACACAGAAUCAGAAGCUAAUGAUUGA